AUGCAAGCAUCUCAUUGUUGGGUGUCGCGUUGGGCUUCAUUUCGCCCAGCAUGGAAUCGAGCACCCGCUGCAGGCCUGCGUAGCUCGUUACGCCAUCGCAUCGUGAUUCAUCCGCCAGCUCAGCGAGUUUCUUGGCCCAGUCGAAGCUUUACCUCCUCCCCAAUGAGAAGGUUCAUGCUCGACUCAGACUCUACGAUCUAUGCGCUAUCCACAGCGCCAGGAAGAGCUGCAAUUGCGGUAGUUCGGGUCUCUGGUCCAGCAUGUGUCUCGAUAUACAACGCGCUAUGUCCUGAAACCUCUCUCCCGAAGCCGCGCCGCGCCGCAUUGCGCACCCUCUACGACCCGUCACACCCACCGUCUGCCAAUACAGUCCUGGACGCUGGUGCCCUCGUCCUCUACUUUCCCUCGCCGAAAACAGUUACGGGAGAGGAAAUUCUCGAAUUCCAUAUCCACGGUGGUCCUGCGAUUGUCAAAGCGGUCCUUGCUGCUAUUGCACGCACCAACCAAAUAGACGCUGUCGUGCGUUACGCCGAGCCGGGAGAGUUCACACGUCGCGCAUUCAUGAACGACCGGCUCGGUCUUCCGCAGAUCGAAGCUCUGGGCGAUACACUAUCAGCGGACACAGAGCAGCAGCGACGUCUAGCAGUGCGGGGAUCCAGUGAUGCAUUGGUGAAUCGGUACGAGCUGUGGCGCCAGCAGCUGCUGUAUGCGCGCGGUGAGCUAGAGGCUUUGAUCGACUUUUCGGAGGACCAGCACUUUGAUGAGUCUACGGAAGAACUGGUAUCUUCUGUCGCUGGCCAAAUUCAGGCGCUGCAGGUUCAAAUUGGCUUCCAUAUUCAGAAUGCUUCCAAGGGAGAGCUGCUUCGCAAUGGUAUCCGUAUUGCGCUGCUGGGUGCCCCGAACGCCGGGAAGAGCUCACUUUUGAACCGGGUUGUUGGAAAAGAGGCUGCGAUUGUCAGUACUGAAGAGGGCACUACUCGCGAUAUUGUUGAUGUUGGUGUUGAUCUAGGGGGCUGGUACUGUAAGCUCGGAGACAUGGCUGGUAUUCGUGCUGACGCUAGCCCCGAAUCUGGUGGAUCUGUCGUGAUUGGUGCGGUCGAAAAGGAAGGCAUUCGACGGGCAAGGGCGAGAGCUUUAGAAUCCGAUGUUGUCAUUGUUGUUCUUUCGCUGGAAGAUACUCCUGAGGGCGCUCGUCUGUCUAUAGAGCCCGAGGUUCUUGAUGCAGUCAACGAAUGCGCUGAGGCUGGGAAAUGCCUUGUGGUUGCUGUUAACAAGUGUGACAAGCUUUCAUCUUGGUCAACGGAGGGUGCCCUACCAAAGGAUCUGACUGAAUUUAUUCAUGAAAUCUUACCCACUGUACCAACAAAUCGAGUUUUCGCCAUUUCUUGUGAUGAGGCACAGCGGACACCCUCUUCACCCGCCCAAACUGACCCUGGUCAGUUGCAAGAAUUUUUAAAGGGAUUGAUUUCGACAUUUGAGCAGAUUGCCGCACCACUGGGUGCUGAAGAAGGAAAGCCCCAAUACGAUAUAUCAUACUGGGAGGACUCAUUGGGAGUUACGCAUCGACAGAGCUCGAAUCUGCAGAAAUGCCGUGACCAUCUCGACGACUUCCUGUCCCAAACAUCUGCAUCCUCCACCCACGACUGUGAAUCUUCUUUCGGCGCCAUGCCUGACUCUUACGAAGCUGAAAUCGACAUAGUUACAGCUGCUGAGCAUUUGCGCUAUGCAGCGGACAUGCUAGCCAGGAUCACCGGGAAAGGCGAAAGUGGGGAUGUGGAGGAUGUUCUUGGUGUUGUUUUCGAGAAGUUUUGUGUUGGAAAGUAG